UCCGACAUUGUGCUGUGAUUUAAACGUUAUGAAAACAGCUGUUUGUUCGGAUUUUAAAUCUUUUAAAUAACAUAAUCAUAUUUUUUAAUUUAGAAUAAGAUAGAUUAUGAAUAUUUUUGAAAUGAGUGAAAAGUACAAAGUUUGGAGAUUUCAAAUAUGAAGACAGAAGACUGAAAUAAUUUUGCCAUUCAGAAGUAGUCAUUAUAAAUAAUUUACAUGUCACUGUAUAGGUAAGAAAAGGCGUUCAACGAUCAAACUAUUUGAUGUAGAGAAAUGCUGAGAGAUAUUGGUUACGGAAUACUGUGUUUUCUGUCCAUUUCGGCGAUUCUGACUGUCGUGUCUACUGAAUAUCAGAUUUGUAUUAAUACGACAACUCCAAUGUUAACAGAUGAACAGAGAUUGUAUAUGGUAUUAAUGAAUAAUUAUGACAGCAAUACUAGACCAGUGUUUAAUGCUUCACAACCAGUUAACGUCACCAUCGGAAUUACACUAACACAGAUAUUUGAUGUGGAUGAAAAGAAUCAAGUCAUAACUACAAAUAUAUGGCUAGAUCAGAGUUGGAUAGAUGAAAAGAUUAAGUGGGAUCCAAAAGACUACAAUGGGUUAACAGUAUUAAGGAUGCCAUGUAAAAGUCUGUGGUUACCAGAUAUCGUAACAUACAACAGUGCUGAAGACUAUACUGAUGGUUAUAUGGAAGCGCUUGCUAUGGUAUCCUAUGACGGAUCCGUGUUCUGGCCUCCAAUUGUUAAACUCAGGAGUACAUGUUUCAUUGACAUCACAUAUUACCCUUUUGAUGAUCAGAUAUGUAAAAUGAAAAUGGGAUCAUGGGCAUACGAUGGAUUUCAGGUUGAUGUUUUUAAUAGUAAAAAAGGAAUAGAUUUAUCGAAUUUUGUCAGUAAUGGUGAAUGGGAACUUGUAGGCGUCAAGUCAGUUCGAAAUGUUAUAACGUAUACAUGUUGCCCUGAACCAUUUCCGGAUGUAACGUUUAUGCUACAUAUUCGACGUAGAACACUGUACUACACAUAUAAUGUCAUAAUUCCAUGCAUUAUGUUAUCAAUUCUCACUUUACUUGGAUUUUGGAUGCGACCGGACAGUGGUGAAAAGGUCACGCUCGGAUUAACUGUGCUUCUUGCCUUUUCCGUGUUUAUGUUACUUAUUGCAGACAAUAUGCCAGCGACAUCGAAUUUUGUUCCAUUAAUAGGAAUUUAUCUUACUACCGUGAUGAGUUUAACAUCAGUCUCUGUUAUAUUAGCUGUAGUGACAUCAAAUAUUAAUCAGAGAGGAUUUCGUGAAGUGGACGUUCCGCGAUGGUUUCGAAAGUGUGUUAUUGCUUUAGGACGUGUAAUGUGCUUCCAAAUGAUACAUCUGACUAACGAAACUCCCGAGGAUAUACAAAUGAUCCCAUUGCAUAUAAAAGGAUACACACAUACAAUGAAAAAUACAUUUUCCAACGAUUCUGGGUGUAGUUUGAUUGAAUACGAGAAUGGCGACUGUCAUUCAAAUAAUCAGAAUCAUCAAAGUCAACAAAAUCAAAAAAUGACUGCCACGCAGUGUAAUAUCAGAGAAGGUAAUUGGGAACUUGAAGAAAUACUACGACGAUUAAAAAUUUUAAUAGAUAAAGAUGAUGAAAAGGAAAGGAUUGAUUUUUAUUCAAAGCGAUGGAUUGAAGCCGCUGAAGUCAUUGACAGAUUCUUUUUCUUGAUAUUUAUAUUCGGAACAACAUUAUCUUCUGUGCUGCUUUUAGUUGUUAUGCCUAUGAUCAAAUCAGUCAGUAUCGAGGGAGAAAUUCCAGUUUCAUAGUUUGGUUCAGUUUUGCUUAAAAAUUGUGAUAUAAUCCCUUGUCUUCCACUUUAUAUAACGCUUUAUUAUACAAUGUUUUUAUUAUUUAAGAUAUACCAAAAGUUAUGCAAAAAUCAGAUAAAAAGACACAUGACACCAUCGUUAUUGAACAUCAAUUUUGAUAUCCAUUUCGACAAAUGCAUUUCUUCAAAGAUACUUAAAGAUGAUUUAUUUUGGAAUCAGAUCCAGAACAAAAACUUGGAGAACUGAAUCACAAGAGAACAUAAGAAAUAACAUAUAUUUUUGGGGGAUUCCGUUCUAGAGUUACGCUACUUGAGGCAUAACGUGUCAAAAUAAUUAAAGUAUCUUCAUAUACUGUAUAUUUUAUUCUUCAAUGUUCAACAUUUUCAGAUUAUUUUAAGAACAAAUUAUUCGAAACUCACAUUUUUCGCGCCAGUUUUUGUCGAGACAUUUACAUUCCAAUUUAUAAGGCUCUUCACGGUAAUUUCCUGGCAGUAAUGGUAGUCUUUUCUAUACGUAACUGGUCUAAAAUUCAUACAGUAAACUCAUGAAAUUAUCUUAAUCAAAUGUUCAGCACAUUUAUAUGUGCGACAAUGUAACGAUAUUAUUGUAUUGAUAUAUAAAGUACAUAAAUAUGUUCUCUUGUAAGUCUGUAUUAUGCUUAGAUGGAAUCUUAAUUCAAUAACUAAAAUGAAUUCAUAUAUUACACUCUUUCUGGUUCAAAAUGAAAACUACGAAACACUAUAAUCGUACAGCUUUAAACAUCGACAACUAGGAAUUCACCUUUUUAUCAAAAGCACAUAUUUUGAUGAAGCCAAUCAGAUUUUAAAAACAAUACAUAUGCCAUAAAUCUAUCAGAUCUACCCAAGACUUUAGUCUAAUAGAUAAAGUCAAAUAUCUACUGCAUUGUUCCUUUUUACCGUCUAAGUUAGUGCAUAUCAGGAAAAACUGAAAAUCUUCAUCUUUUGAUUCGUUUGAAUGUGGAUUGCAUGACGGGUGAUGUAUGCAUAGCAAAAAAACCGCUUAUCCUGACGAUGCACAUAUUCUAGCUCCGCUUCGAGUGCAUGCAAUUCCCGUAAGUUUGAUCUUGUAUAUUAAAAAUUUAUUUACUAAUUUUGAA